CACACCCAAGCCUCCCCUCCCCCAUCUCUCUCUAUCCUUCCUAUCCAAGGACCGAGAAGCCUAGCGGGCUUCCUCUUGCCUCGCGCCGCUCGAGACUCGGGAGGGUCGCCGGGGAAUCGCCGGGGCGCAGCUGCAGACGUUCCGGGCGCGUCGGCGUUCUCGGGGAGGCGUUUCGGCGAUGGCGACGAGGAACCACCGCGCGGCUGCCGCUCAGCAGCCGGCGAACAGAGGUGCCGCAGUCCUGGCGGGGAAGCAGAAGGUCGCCGCCGCCGGCCGCCGCCGGGCCCUCGGUGACAUCGGCAACGUCGUGACCGAUGUCCACGACGGAAAGAUCCAGCUGCCGGAGGGGAUCAAUCGCCCCAUCACCAGGAGCUUUGGCGCCCAGCUCUUAAAGAACGCCGCUUUGGCGAAACAGAAUGCCGUAGCUCCUCCGGCCAAGCCUGUAGCGGCGCGCGCUGUCCCGAAGCCAGCCAGGAAGGCUCCUGCGAAGCCCGUCCCGCGCCCUGAGCAGGCCCCAAAGAACGCCACCAGCUCCAACGAGAACAACAAGCCGUCAGAGGUUGUCGCCGGCAGCAGCAGCUCUGCGCAAAAGAUUUCGAGGAAGAAGGUCGUGUGCACGCUUACAACCGUCCUCACUGCGCGUUCUAAGAUGGCGUGUGGCAUUAAGCAGAAAAAGCUCAUUGAAGAUAUUGACAAGCUGGAUGGCAACAACCAGCUUGCUAUGGUGGACUAUGUGGAGGACAUCUACAAGUUCUACAAGGCCACUGAGCAUGAGAGCCGCCCCAGUGAUUACAUGGGCCAUCAGCCCGAGGUCAACCCCAAAAUGCGCGCCAUCCUCACGGACUGGAUGGCUGAGGUCCACGGUAAAUUUGAGCUCAUGCCUGAAACGCUGUAUCUGACCAUGUACAUCGUGGACCGUUACCUGUCGCUGCAGCCCGUGCUGAAGAGGGAGCUCCAGCUCGUCGGCAUUGCGGCAAUGCUGAUCGCCUGCAAAUAUGAAGAGAUUUGGGCACCAUCGGUCAACGAUUUCAUCAGCAUAUCAGAUGAUGCGUUCAGUCAGCAGCAGAUUCUUGUCAUGGAGAAGGCUAUUCUGAACACACUGGAGUGGAACCUCACUCUUCCCACCACAUACCACUUCCUGGUGCGGUUCGCGAAGGCUGCGGGAAGAGGUGAUAAGCAGCUCGAGCAUAUGAUUCUCUUCUUUGGAGAGCUCGCGCUGAUGGAUUACCACAUGGUGACAAUCCGUCCUUCAGUGAUCGCUGCUUUCGCAGUGUACGCUGCUCGUUGCACGUUGAAAAAGAGUCCUCUCUGGACAGACACCCUGAAGCACCACACUGGACUCCAUGAGCAGCAGCUUAUGGAAGGCGCAAAGAUGCUGGUCAGCUCCCAUGCAGCUGCUCCUGAAGGGAAGCUGAAGACCAUCUACCAGAAGUACGCAUCGGAGCAAUUUGGGUGUGUAGCUCUCCAUCCGCCUGCAGCUGGUCCGGGCCUUGUCUAAGGCCUUUACUGUGUUGGUUCUAUGAGAGUAGACAAUGGAAGGCUGUUCUGACAUCUAGGAUUCGUUUGAGUUGGCUUUGAAUCAAGAAAGUUUGAGAAUGUUAUUCUUUAACUCGUUUCUCAGGAGUAUUAUACACUGCUGGUCACUAUUGCUACUACUUUGAUAUACACUGUUGUAACAACUAUUCAUAAUUACAUGAAUUGAAUUGAUAGUA